AUAGUGAUUAAUAUUAUACUGCCAAGUCAUUCUAGUAAAUUGUUUGAUUUACCUGAAUUAUAUGAUCAACCUACGUACACUUAGUUGUAAUUAUAUGUAUUGCAAAGUAUAAUAUUAUUUUUGAGCAGAAUCAGUCGCAAAUCACUAUUAUAGGAAAAAUGCAUCUUCCUUGUGUAGGAGUUCCAGCAAAAUUAGUAAAUAAUUUAUUUCAAGAUAAGGAACCUUGGCAAAUAGUAACUAUGACCACUACUGCUACUCUCGCUACAAUAUGGUUAUGGAACUUCAUUUUUCAGGAUGAAAGUCUUGUAGUACGUGCAAAAAAACAGAUAUUUAAAUUAGCUCGUCAUAUCCCUGCUAUUCAGGAAAAAAUAAAUAAGGAAUUAACAAAUGUUAAUGAAGUUUUUCAGAAAGAUACCUUACGUAGAGUGAAAGAACUUUCAUUUACUGUAACGUUACCUACAAAAGGGUUAAGUGAUGAGAAAAUUUUAAAUACAAUAAUACAACAUGUUCACUUAGGUAACUAUGAUUGGAAAUCAGGUAAAGUAUCAGGAACAGUUUAUAGAAAUGAUGAUAAACUUAUAAGUCUUAUUGGUAAUAUAUACGCAAUUGCAUCAUAUACAAAUCCGUUACAUCCUGAUGUCUUUCCUGGUAUCUGUAAAAUUGAAGCAGAAGUAGUUAAGAUAGCUUGUAGUUUGUUUCAUGGGGACAAUGAAACUUGUGGAACUAUGACUACAGGUGGUACAGAAUCAAUUUUAUUAGCAUGUAAAGCUUACAGAGACUAUGCUCGUGAAAUCAAAGGCAUAAAACAUCCAGAAAUAGUUAUGCCAAUUACUGCCCAUUCAGCAUUUGACAAAGCUGCACAGUAUUUUAAUUUGAAAGUAUGUUCUGUACCUGUCAAUCAAGAUAGUUAUACAGUCUGCAUUAAAGCUAUGAAAAAAGCAAUUACAAAAAAUACAAUAAUGUUAGUAGGGUCUGCACCAAAUUUUCCUUAUGGCACAAUGGAUAACAUUGAAGAAAUAUCUAAAUUAGGUAUGAAAUAUAACAUACCUGUUCAUGUAGAUGCCUGUUUGGGUGGCUUCCUAGCCUGUUUUAUGACUAGUGCUGGUUAUACUUUCCCACCUUUUGACUUUCAACUUCCUGGUGUAACUAGUAUAUCUGCUGAUACUCAUAAGUAUGGUUAUGCUCCGAAGGGAUCUUCACUAAUUCUUUACAGAAAUAAAAAAUAUCGACAUUAUCAGUAUACGAUUAGCACAGACUGGCCUGGUGGCAUUUAUGGUUCUCCCACAAUAAAUGGUUCUCGAGCUGGUGGUAUUAUAGCCGCUUGCUGGGCCACGUUAAUGUAUUUCGGACAUAAUGCUUACAUAGAGUCUACUAAGAAAAUAAUCGAAACUACCAAAUAUAUCGAGAAAAGAUUGAGAGGACUGGAUGGAAUUUUUAUUUUUGGUACUCCAGCAACAUCUGUCAUUGCAUUAGGAUCAAAUCAAUUUGACAUUUAUCGAUUGUCAGAGGCCCUUAAUACGAAAGGUUGGAAUUUAAACACACUGCAAUUUCCUUGUGGUAUACACAUAUGUAUUACACACUUACAUACUGAGCCAGGUGUGGCUGAUCGUUUCUUACAAGAUGUUGAGUGUUCGUUGAAAGACAUUUGGAACGAUCCACACAGUGAGGUGGAAGGAAAGCUUGCAAUGUAUGGAAUGAGUCAAAGCAUUCCGGACAGAAGUGUGGUCGGUGACUUUACAAGAUAUUUCUUGGAUGCUAUGUAUUAUACCGGUGAUAAUUAAAUAUUUUCUACGUUUUUUGGACCGCAAACUGUCAGUAUCAUGAGGACUCGGAGUUAUGUGACUACGUUUUCGUUUGAUGCUAUUCUCGCCUGCAUCGCUACUACUACUCGCAGCAGUUCUUGUUUCCCUUCGAAAUGUUCCUUCUCCUGUUACUUGCACUAAUAUCUAAAAUGAAUAAAUAAGUGCAGUUUCGGAAUAUUUGGUAUUAUUUUGUUAUAUAUGCGUUGGAAAAAAUUAUAUUACUGUUCACUUUCACAGCUAAAGUAACAUGUAAGAAAAGAAAGCAUUAUAUAAAUUGUAUAAUUGAUAUAUUAAAUAAUUAAUAUAUUACAUAUC